ACCCUUACAAAUAAACCUAUGCAUAGGAUUCACGUGUACUCUCGUAGAGAGUCGUUUUAGAGAUGUUCUACUCGUGCUGUUUUCGUAUUACAAAUGACCAGUUUUCAAUGAUUUCUCCACAAGCUGUCAAAGGCAUUACUACUCAUCGAAACUUUAUUCAUUUCUAUAUUAUUUUAAACUUUGAAAGUAUUCUAAGAUUUGCAAGAUUUCUCCCCUCCUGAGAUUGAGUAGACUACCCUCGUGAUGUGAUUGUGUCCCCCCCGACUUUGGUGUCUAGGGGUGUCUAGCCCUUGAACGUUUGAUUUUUACUACAGUCAACUGCCGUGACUGGGUUAAGGUAGUUAGACCUCUUCCCACUCACGCUCUUUCAGCCAAAAUGUCGGUGUUAUUGGCAAAUAUGAAAUCGUUCGCGUUGCAACUCUGACGAGACAUCAAUUUUUAUUUAGCACCAGAAAAGUCAUCGAAAGUCUCUCAGUAUUUGUUUCAAGCUGUCCAAUUACACUGCUUUCCUUCGGUUCAAUCUACAACUCGUGGUUGAUGCCAGAGUUAAUUAAGCCUAAGGUCUUGAUUAUUAUUCUUGAUUGGAAGACACAGUAUUAGGACAGUAUGAGGAUCGCAAUAGAGGGGUGUGGCCAUGGGGAGCUUGAUAAAAUAUAUGAAACUAUAGCAUUUGCAGAACAGAAAGAAGGUUUCAAAGUCGAUCUGCUGUUGUGCUGCGGUGACUUUCAGUCAGUGCGUAAUGAAGCUGAUAUGGAAUGCAUGGCUGUCCCAAAGAAAUAUCGCCAGAUGAAUACUUUUUACCAGUACUACUCUGGUGAGAAGAAGGUUCCAAUCCUGACAAUUUUCAUCGGAGGAAACCAUGAGGCCUCUAAUUAUCUUGCUGAAUUGCCUUAUGGAGGAUGGGUGUGUCCAGGAAUCUACUAUUUAGGGUAUGCCGGUAUCGUGAACUAUGGUGGUAUUCGGAUUGGCGGACUAUCUGGUAUCUAUAAGAAACAUGACUACAGGAAGGGUCACUUUGAGAGACCUCCUUACUCACAAGAUGAAAUGCGGAGUGCAUACCAUGUCAGAAACCUAGAAGUUUUCAGAUUAAAGCAGAUUCAGCAGCCCAUUAACAUUAUGAUGUCACAUGAUUGGCCUAGAGGCAUAUAUCACCAUGGUGACAAAGAUGACCUAUUCCGCAAGAAGAAGUUUUUGGUUGAAGAAGUAAAGAGUAACACAUUAGGUAGUCCACCAGCUGAAGAGUUGCUCCAUAAUCUCAAACCAGACUAUUGGUUCUCAGCUCAUCUUCAUGUAAAGUUCUCUGCUUUGGUGGAACACAAGGGUGAUGAUGGCUCUGUCAAGAAGACUACUAAGUUUCUUUCUACAGAUAAAUGCCUACCGGGCAGGGAUUUCCUUCAGAUUCUUGAAUUCCCAGAAAAGUGUGAGAGGCCAUUUGAGCUGAGCCUCGAUACUGAAUGGCUUGCUGUCCUUCAGGCGACCAAUCAUCUACUGACGACUUCAAGGGAUAUUGUUCAUAUGCCAAACCCUGGCUACUUCUCUAAGUGGGAUUACAGUGUGGAUAUGGAACAGCUAGCAGCAGUGAGAACUGCAUUUGGAGAUGAUCUCAAACUACCAGACUCCUUUGAUCAAACAGUCAGGGUGUAUGACCCCAACAAUAUAGAAAGGAAUCCCAAGCAACCUAAUCUCAUGAUCAACCCUCAGACUACUGCACUAUGCUCUAGACUACAGAUUACAGACCCUUGCAUCGUUCUCAUGGGUGGGUCUGAGCCAGGUGAACUAGCUGGGCCGAUUCUACCACCUCAAGAUGAAACACACUCCGAUGACGGCAAUGAUGCAGAUGAUGACACAUCAGAGUCAUCCAGAAUUCUCUUUGAGAGUUUCAUUGACUCUGAAGCAGGGGCAAGUUUCUUGGACCUGUCUGUGAAUGAUUCAAGGAGAAGCAAUAAUUCCUCCAGGAUGUCCAUUGAUCCAGAGUCUAGUCUGAACCCCGAGGAAAUCUGUCUGAGCGAUGAUGAUGAUGGUGGUGUGGAGAAAGAACAAGAUAAUGGUGAUGGGAACAUUGUGGUUGGAGGGAAAGCUGCAAUUGAUUCCCCAUCAAAUGUAGACUUCACUCCUUCUCCCAUCAAGAGAACUUCACUAUCUCUUCCAAUCAUUACUAAAACUCCAAGCGUUCCAUCCCCUUCAUCCGGUCUUGACAGUAAUGUUCUGCCGGCUAAAGACGAGCUGACAAAUAAAAUUCUCUUUGAUGAACUUGAUGAAGCAAAGGAUCGAAUUUCAAGCAUGGAUGGAGGAAAGCGGUUUUAAGAAUUUCAACGAAGCUAUUAAAGAUUAACUUGAAGAAGGAGAAAAUUAUCCCAAAUACACAAGUGAACAUAUAGAAGACUUGAAAGCAGGAACUAUGUGCUGUUUUGAAUAUAUCCCAGCUGUCCAGAGAAUAGUGAUAACUAAUCUAUUAUCAGUGGAUAGUGACAUUUAUAGAUAACCACUGUUUAUAGUCUUGAACAGAUAAUCUUUACCAGAAUCUGCAUUGAACUUGACGUUUUAAAGGCAGAAAAUUUGAAAAUGGAACAACCUUGUUUUGCCUCUUCAAAUUGCAUGUUUGUGAGGAAAAUUAUGUGAUCAUCCCCACAAUGCCACAGCCCAACUUAUCUGUGUAGGCAGUAUUGAUUUCUUAUUUCCACUGACAAUACAAUACAAUAUUGCAAUUUGUAUUGCACUCUUUACAUUUACUGUAUCACAUUGCUUUACAAAGAAGAAAAUACAUGUACUCACAGAAAAUUAUGACAGAAAACUACAUACGUUAAUAAAAAAUACUAAACUAUUAAUAAGAAGUGUCUUUAAGGACCGCUGGAAAGCACCCAGAGAUGACAAUUCACGGAUGCAACGAGGGAUCUGAUUCCAGAGGCGUGGCGCGGCAGUAGCGAACAACCUGUCCCCAAAUGCCUAAUCUUUUUUCACCUCUCCUCUUUUUUAUUACAUUCAUCAGUCUUGAACAUUUUCUCAGUAAUUUAUAAAUCACCAAUUUCAUCUUUUUUAUCAUGUAUUAAAAGCAAUGCUUUACUGUAAUAUUGACUAUUUAUUAUCUGGUAAAUUGGUAUGUGAGAAAAUCUGUAUGAAGUCUUAUUUUGAUAUGAUGCCAGCUACAUUUUUAAGUGAUCUCAUUCAGUGACACAAGUUAUACCCCUUCUGCUAAUAAAUGUGCAUUUUACUUUAUGCUUCAACUCUUCAAAAGUGGUCCAUAAUUGAGCAGAUGAACUAAUUACAUUGUGAUUAUUUUGUUAUGAUCCUGUGACAAUUUCUGCACAAAUCUGAACAGGUUAUUGUACACAUACCUCUUUUAAUUUGGACAUGAACUGAAAAAAACUUUAUUCGUCUUUUGAGUUUUUGUCUCCUUGUUUAAAAAUAAAAGUUGCUUGCCUCUGCAAAAUGAUGUUAUACUUCUUAUGCCAUUGAAUUUGUACACAAAGAUUUUGCUGAGCUUUUCAAGUAUGAAUGAGCCAUUGUAUUAGUCUUUGAUUUCCCUUGGAGAUUGUUCAGGCAAUUAUAUUUCUGGUGACUGAAAUAGAUGAUAUCCAGAGUUUUGUAGUAUAUAUAGUCUGUACAACCUGAUUAUGUAAAUGAUUUUAAAUACCGUAUAAUGUAAGCAUUUUAACAUCGGAUCUACAGCAAAUUUGAAUUUGAAAUGUACAGGAUUUGAUAUAAUAUGAAUACACUGUAUUUCAAGUUUGCACCAACAAUAACGGUCAAUUCAUUUAUUCAUUACAGACAAUCACUCCACUGAUGUAACAUCACUAUUACUCAGAAUCUAAUAAUAUACCUUUUCUCAAACAAGAAGUUUCAAGGUGUAUUUCAAAUAAAUAUUUCUAUAUAGCUAUUAAUAUUAGGAACCUUAUGAUAACAUGAUUUAAAAGGGGGUAGUAACAUGCAAUUCCCUUCCAAAGUCAAAUUUUAGCUCACUGUAUUGUUAGGCAUCCUUCAUUUCAGAGUGCUCUUUCUUUUCUUUUUUUUACUUCUUUUUUUUCUUACUUAAUGAUUGAAAUGCCAUCCUUCAAAAUUGAAUGGUCCUACUGAAAAUUGUCUGUUGACCUCAAUUCAUUUACAGAUGACCCUGCUGACUGUCAGAUUCAGGGAAGUGUAUUUAAAUAUUCACAAACAUGUUGGCCAACAGUGCACUUCUAAGAACUUGCCACCGGAAAUGGAAGUUGUCAGUUCUGGUAUGGGGAAGAAUGUACAAGGAUUUGAAUAUUUGUUAGAUACAAUAUUCUUGAAGGCUGCAAGAGGGUAACCUCAUUGCACAUUAUAUGUUAGUCAUAAAAUUGAUUUCCUUUUAUGUACAUCCGUUACUUGGUAAAUACCAAUUGAUGUCAUAUUCUCCAUACAAACAUGAUGAUGCAGAGAUGGGGUGAGAGUUGCAUAUAAAAAAAAAACUAGACAAAUGAUUGGAGGGACGACUGACUGUUCAGACACUGUCUUGACCCUCUGACCUUGUCUAAUUUGAACACUUUGAUGUGACAAAUGAUUUGAGAGGUAAACUACUACAUGUAUUAGCACACAAUGACUGGCCUUGUCUUGUCAACUCGGAACGUUAUUGUGCCACUGUUAUUCCUUUCUUUACUUCCAGUAUUAUACAUCUCCUGUAGAGAGGCCAUGCAAGAACUAUUUUCCCUUGUGACUAGGAUAUCUUAUAGUGGACCAUUAUUGAUAAAUCAAGACCCUGUAGAGAUUCAGAUUUCUUGGAAUCACCAGUGAUUGGAGGUUCCACAUUUCCCUCUGGAUUUUGUGCUGAUCAAUACUCUAUUGUUAAGGACAUGAAGGAAGUGUCUACUUUUUCUAGUAUCAAGUCCCAUUUUCAUGAAUAAUUUGUAUAGUGUUUGCUGUCAGUUUAUUUCUUUAUUAGAUUAUUUUUAUGAUUAUUCAUUUCUCAUUUUAUUUGUCUUCCAAAUUCUGUCCAUAAUGUUUUCUUUUUUUAAAAUUAUGAUUAUACUUUUGAAAGCCUAAACAGUCCAAAUGCAAGAGAUAAAAUUCCUCCUUCACAUGAUCAAGAAUGUGGGGUAAAUUGUUUUAUGAGAUAUUCUGCUGUCCCAUGACCAAAGGAAGCAGCUGUUAAUCUUUUUCCUGAAAAGGGCCAUCCAAAUUCCUUGUCAUAAGCAAACAUAUGCCCACAAAAAGGAUGCAUCGUAUUCUAUGAGCAUUGAUAAAUUCUUUGCCAUGGAAACCAUGCGAAGUUACCUCAUGAUGAAACCAAUGUUUAAUCUCAGAGGACUUUGACAACAUCUUGACCAUGUUACAGAAAUCUUAGCAUUGAUAUUAAAUUCUUCCAUAAUGAAAUAUCAUAUUGCUUACAAUCAAAAUCUAGGAUUCCAUGUAAUUUACAAUGAAUCAUGGCAAUAUUAAUAGUAAGUUGUGAUUAAUAUUUUGUGAAGAUACAAUGAUCGGUCGAGUUAAACCAUCCCCAUUAUGUACAGUUAGCUAAGGAUCUCUGUGGCAACCAAUGUGUAUUAAUGAAUUUGAUACUUGGCAAAAUGCAUUUCUUUCAUUUUCAAUGUCACUCUGUAGAAAUGAGUUGUCUGUACUCUAUAUAAGCCUAAAUAGUUACUUUUAUUCACUGUGCAUUUUUCUUUCAGGUUAAAAUAAUUGGAUAUUUCCGAUUUGAUUUAUUUUAUUUAUCCUUGUCCUUCAAGAUACCAAUGGCAUGCUGCAUUUCUAUACAGUUUCAUCCACACAUGAAUUUGUCCUUUUCUUGGGAAUUGUUUUUUGCUGAUAUCAAUUUUGGGGAUAUUCUCAUGAAAUGUAAAUAUAAAAAAAACGAUGAAACACAAAAGCCAACAUUUUUUAUUUUAUUUUGUGUAUCGCCAUUGAAAUGAAAGUAUUUAGUUCUAAUAUGAGAGAAGGUUUUGAUGUUCUGAAAAACCCGAGAAAAAAACCCACUCCCAUCCUCUUCCCAAUAAAUAGGAAGUGUUUGUGUGGAAUCCCUUACAUUUUUAUAUGGAAUCACUUCCCUUUUUAUAUAACUA